AACGUUGAUGUGAUUGCAAUCAACGAUGAUAAUGAUUAAAAAAGAUUUCGCAUCAGUAGCUAGACUACUCGUAUGACCGCAGUAAAUAAAGAUACGAUCACAUUGCAUAAUUAUUACCUAAAUGCCUGGUUGAGAGUUGAGCCAGUGUAAAAAAUAUUGCGACCAAUGCAUAACGCAAGAUCGGCAAGAUGAAGAGAAGAGGCGAGACGAGAGGUCCAAGACAGUCCAAGAGAAUGGAGCAGGAGGGGUAGAUGGGUCGUUUACGUCGUAAGUCGUAAGUCGUUUAUGAUUCGACGUGGCGAAAUGCGAAAAUCUUGAUCUCGCUUGGACCUCACUCGAAAGUUCCUCAUCGUGCGAAUUGGAUUCACUCGGAAGAAACAGGAUGAAAUAACGGUCAUUGUAGAUGCAGAGAAUCGCGAAUGAACAAUUAUCGGAUCAACGGAUCCUGACGAUCCUCGAUUGAGUGUCAAGUUUCUGGAAUUCACGUUCGCGAUUGCACUCGCCAACACCCGAUUAUGUGUCAUAUUUUGUGAUAACAAUAUUACGUCAACUGUAUCGCGAUAAGGUCAGUUUAUCCUCGAUUAUCAUGUGAGGUUAGACAGUUUUCUCGGAUUCUACGAAACACAAUCUUUUCUAACAACUUCUGCACGAUUAAUCUGUAGAUAUCAUUAGACAUUAAAUAAUGGCAAGCGAAUCUUGGAAUGUCUUGGUAACGGGAGGCGCUGGUUAUAUUGGUUCUCAUACAGUAUUGGAAUUGGUACAGGCGGACCUUCGGGUGGUGGUAAUAGACAACCUUAUCAAUGCAUACAAAGACUCAAAUUCUGAGAAACCAGAAUCUCUCCUCAGAGUAGAAAAAUUGACAAAUAAAAGUAUUGUAUAUAUUGAUUGUGACAUCAUAAACAUUAAUGAUCUAAGAAGUGUAUUUCAGAAACAUACUUUUCAUUGCGUUAUACAUUUUGCUGCAUUGAAAGCAGUUGGUGAGUCAUGUCAGAAACCACUCGAGUACUAUAAAACUAAUGUCAGCGGCACGAUAAAUUUGCUAGAAGUUAUGCGGGAAAACAAUGUAAAACAUUUUAUUUAUUCAAGUAGUGCCACAGUUUAUGGUAUACCUGAGCAACUUCCUUUAGUAGAAGAUAUGAAAACUGGUAACUGUACAAAUCCAUAUGGAAAGACAAAGUUUAUGGUAGAAGAAAUAUUAAAGGAUUUGUGUACAUCAGAUAAGGAAUUUUCCGUUAUAUCUUUGAGAUAUUUUAAUCCUGUCGGCGCACAUCCUUCAGGUGAAAUUGGAGAAGAUCCCAACGGUAUUCCAAAUAAUUUAAUGCCCUAUAUUGCACAAGUUUCUGUUGGAAAAAGGGACAUGUUAUACAUUUAUGGCAAUGAUUAUGAUACCCCUGAUGGUACAGGUGUACGUGACUAUAUUCAUAUUAUGGAUCUGGCAGUUGGACAUAUGAAAGCUGUAAAGUAUCAAAAAACUCGUAAUCCAACGGGAUUCAAGCCGAUAAAUCUUGGUAGUGGAAAGGGCUAUUCUGUGCUUCAAGUUAUACAUGCGUUUGAAAAAGCAUCCGCACUGAAAAUACCAUAUAAGAUAGUUGAACGUAGACUAGGUGAUGUCUCCACUAGUUACGCGGAUGCUAGUAUUGCUAAUAAGGAACUAGACUGGACUGCUACAAAAAAUUUGGAUGACAUGUGCGCAGAUACGUGGAAAUGGCAACAAAAUAAUCCCAACGGUUAUAAACUUUAAUAAAUAUUAUGCCUAAAUAAUUAAGAGAAGUAUCUGGAACUUCUAGCUUGCUAUUACAUUUUGCCUUCCGCAUAUCAUUGGCUAAAUAAUGAAGCCAUGGUGGUAUACAGUUACCAAAGUUUAGACCAAAGCAUUAAAAAAGUAAUUUUUUAU